AAGUGAAAAUAAAAAGAAUUACGGGAACCAAUUCUGGCAGUUGUCUCCCUGGUUGCUAGUAGGAACACCACAAGCAAACCGGAAAAGGUUGACAGCCGCUGUGAAGAGAGCUCCUGGAAUUUUAGAAUUUUUCACGUUUUAGAGUCAUGGAAUCUUCACAACAGGAAUUUGGGGCUGGUGGGGUGCCAUGCAAUGCACAGACUUCAGACUAUUAUAGGACAAAAGACCUUCCCCAAAGAUUUGAACACCCUGAUGUGUUCAAGGGGUACGGGAAAAAACCUCAGCACCCAAUGUACACCACAGAGGCGUCCACAUAUGGGUCAAAACCCCCAUCAGUCCACACAGUUCCCCUGUGUUUUAACGCCAGGUCUCAGGGAUUCUCAGGGCAUCUAGCGAAAUGUGGAAUGCCCCGCAACUUCUCUCUCAACACAUCCACUGACAAGAGUGUGGUUUGACAAGAUAAAGCAGUCGAGAUUCUACUUCAUGGUUUAUCUAUUGUAAUGAGCUCAAAGAAAAUAGGGAUGAACAGAAAGAACUGUUCACCGAACUCAUUUAUUCACCAGAGUGCUUUUGCUCACUUUAUGUUAUUUUGAGUCAUUCAUAUAUGAUAUGGAAAAUUUAAUUAGGACUUAAAGGUAAAAAUAUUUGUGAUUGGACUAGCUGAGGAUCGAGUCAGUUUUCACUGAGUGCAAAAUGAUGUAACGGGUGGAGUCCACCACUUAGAAGUUGAAGAACACAUGUGACAAAGUAUGUAAUUGUUAUUGACUGUAUUCACUUGGUGGUUUAGUUCUUUGGUCUGUAAAUAAAUCAAACCUAUUAUUUGUUUGAUGUCACCGCAGUUUGCUUUUCCUUUUUUUUUAAUGCUGUGGCUUAGUACUAUUUUGAGUCAUAUUUUUCAUCUUAUCAUUUUGUUAAUGCAUCAACAAUAAAUGUUCUUGGUACAGCAUGCA